GCUCGGGGGCAGCCGAGCGGGGCGGCGUUCCCCUCCCCGCCGGGGCGGCAGAGCCGAGCGCCGGCGGCCGGGACGGGUUCGCGUCUCCCGCAGCGCCGGGGAGCGGCGCCGGGCCGGAGAUGCAGAGCACCCCCAACUACCUCUGGCACGCCGAGGACGUGCUGGGCCAGGGAGCCACGGCCUGCGUGUACAAGGCGCGCAACAAGAAAUCAGGAGAGCUGGUUGCUGUGAAGGUCUUCAAUAACGCCAGCUACCUCAGGCCGCAGGAGGUUCAGAUGAGGGAGUUUGAGAUGCUGAGGAAGCUGAACCAUAAGAACAUUGUCAAGUUAUUUGCUGUGGAGGAGACGGGAACCAGCAAGCAGAAGGUGCUGGUGAUGGAGUACUGCUCGAGCGGGAGCUUGCUGAACAUGCUGGAAGAUCCAGCCAAUGCCUUUGGCUUGUCUGAGUCUGAGUUUCUCAUAGUCCUGCAGUGUGUUGUGGCAGGAAUGAACCACCUCCGUGAGAAUGGUAUUGUCCACAGAGACAUCAAGCCUGGGAACAUCAUGCGACUGAUGGGAGAAGAUGGGCAGAGCAUCUAUAAACUGACGGAUUUUGGGGCUGCCCGAGAGCUGGAUGAUGAUGAAAAGUUUGUGUCCCUCUAUGGGACAGAGGAAUAUCUUCACCCAGAUAUGUACGAGAGAGCAGUUUUGCGGAAACCUCAGCAGAAGGCUUAUGGUGUGACUGUGGAUCUGUGGAGCAUCGGGGUGACCUUCUACCAUGCUGCCACUGGCAGCCUCCCCUUCAUCCCCUUUGGUGGACCGCGCAGGAACAAAGAGAUCAUGUACAAAAUUACCACGGAGAAACCUCCUGGAGCCAUCGCAGGGGUCCAGAGGCAGGAGAACGGGACCAUCGAGUGGAGUUACGAGCUGCCCGCCACAUGCCGACUCUCUGUGGGGCUGAAGGUCCAGCUUAUACCAAUUUUGGCUAAUAUCCUGGAGGCAGAUCAGGAGAAAUGCUGGGGAUUUGACCAGUUCUUUGCAGAAACUAGUGAUAUUUUGCACAGGAUCGUGGUUGAUGUCUUCUCCCUGCAGCAGGCUUCCUUGCAUCGCAUUUACAUCCACUCCCACAACACUACCAGCAAAUUUUUAGACGCUGUCUUCAAACAAACAAAUAUAGCCCCUCACCACCAAGAAUAUUUUUUUGAAGGCCAUCUGUUUGAGUUGGAUCCUAACCUACAAGCUCAUAAUUUCUGCAAGACCACGGAGGAUAACCCUCUGACCUUGCUGAGCGCUGAGCCAGAAGACCUGGUAGGAGUGAGAUACCGAGAUCGUGAGUACCCGCAGCUGUGCGACGCAUCGGGUGCCCCCUGCCCCGGCAGGCAGCUGAGCCUCCGGCCGGCGGCUGCCGUAAGAGAGAUUUGCCUGAGUUACCCUCCUAACCCUGAGUUACCCUCCUUCCCGGGCGCUCGCGGAGCCCAGCACGGCAGGGGUUGGGGCGCGCAUGCGGGAUCGGGAGGUCGCAGGCUCGGUUCCCCCCGGAGCAGGCAGGAGAUGUCAUGUGGAUCCGUGGGAGAUCACCCCCCGAGGUCCGGCCCCCUCCUGCCACGCUCCACCUCUGCUGUGGGUCUCUUUGCAGCGGCGCUCGAGUUCCCCAAGUUUGCCCCCAAGGUGGACGUUGUAGCCGACUGCGGCACGGCGAAGAGCGCCGUGGGCGCCGCGCACCAGACGCUGUGGAUCGCCCGCUCGCUGCUGCGCUGCCAGGAGCUCACGCGGAGGGGGCUGCACUGGGUCGCCGGCAACCUGAAGACUGAGUGCUCGAGGCUUCUGGAGCAGAGAAGAGGAGCCGUUUCGCUGCUCACCUGCCUGCAGCUCGCCGAGGUGAAGACCCGCGCGCUGUACGAGACCGUUCCUGGAGACGGCGGGACGCCGGCGCUGAAGGAGCUGAGCGGGGCGAAGGCAAGGCUGCAGGCGGUGGCGGAGGAUCUCUCGCAGUGCUCCCACGACAUCUUCGACUGUCAGGGCACGCUGGACGGCGUUUUGGCUGAGCUGCUGGAGCGCAGGCGGCAGGCACACGCGGACAGAAGCGUCCGGCAGAUCGAGUGCUGCCUGGAGAAGAUGCAGCUCAUACACAAGCAGUUCAAGAAGGCCAGGACGUGUCCGCGGCUGGGCUAUAACGAGGAGCAGAUACACAAGCUGGAUAAGGUGAAUUUAGGACAUUUGGCCAGGAAGGUUCUGCUGAUUUUCCAGGAUGACUGUGUGCAGAAGUACCAAGAGGUCCUGGCUCUUCACGGGAGCAGAAUGAGGAAAGCUGGUGAGAUAAAGAAGCAUCUGAAGAGGCUCAGCAACUGCAUCAGUGCCUGCAGCGUGGCGAUGACGGAGUGCCAGGACUGCCUGCAGCGCGCUUUGGACAAGUUUCUCCAGACAGUCCUGGUGGAGGAACGGCAUCCGGCCCCGGUCCCUUUGCCUGCUCAUCUGAACCAGGCACGCCACGAUAUGGCUUUUAGGAUGCAGGAGCUCCUAGAGCAAAUGAAAUUGGUCACGUGCGACCUCCAGCUCAACAACAGCAUCAUCGAGCGGUUAAGUGGAGCUGCUCCCGCUCCAGGCAUUUGAGAGAAGCGGUGGAUUUGCAGCUACUGAAGCAACUGCUUUUCACGGAAGGGAACACUUACGGCACUUUGGGUCGAGAGCAACGGGGAUCUCAACGUUCGUGUUUUAGGAAUUCUCCUGCUCUCUGCUCCAGCAUUUUUGCACAGUUCACCAGCAUUAGCUUUGAGUGGUUUGCAAGCCUUGAGCCUGUGAAUAUUCGACCAGAAGGUGUUGACCUGGUGUGGACACUGCACUUGAUGGGCGAGAGGCCUGAUCCAGCCCCGGACGGCCUUGCCUGGGAGACCCCAGUGUAAGAAAGCGGGCGCCGGCGAAGGCCUGCUCUGGACAGCAGCAUCCUCCUGCGCUUCCAUCGAUCCAUCCGCACCUAAGCCACGUGCUGGGAUUGCUGAUGGUUGUAGGAACAGGAAGCCAAGGGAGGUUUCCCUUUUGGGGGGAUAUUCUGUACGUGUAACCGAGGUCUGUGUCUGUGCGGGAGCGUGUGUGUGCUCCGAUUGACGCGGUGUUGAAAGUACACGUCUGUCCACCUCACCUGCGCGUGCUACUGAGCGCCGGGGCAGGACCUCGGAGGGGCUGAACGCCCCGAGCGCGCUCCGGAAGCAUGCCGUUUUGUGACCGUGGGUUUUAUGGGGAGCCGUCAUCCGCUGCGGGUGUGGGCAGGGUCCAGCCGCUUGCCAGCUCACAAGGCACGGGGCGGCUGGCCGGAGGGAACCGCGGAUGCCUCCGGGCCGGGGCCAGGGCGGCAGGCGGGAUUCGGCAGCCCGGGUGCUGGCCGCGGGCAAGGCAGCACGUCCGCCUCGACCGCCGCCAGGAUGCUGCGUGAAGCCGCUGCUCCGCAGGAACCCCAACGCCCCGCUCCCCACCUCUCCCCCAGCCCCAUUUCCAGCGCGUUUCCUGGACGGGACGGCGUCGGCGAAGCCGCAAGCCUGGAGCCGAGUCUCGGGCUGCUCCGGAGCAGCCUCCGAGCGAGCGGAUGGUGCCGGCAAGGGGCAGCCCCACGGCCGGACCUGCCGCUUCCAUGCCCCUUUGCCUGCUGCUCCGGGGACCCGAUGGCCCGGGGCGGGAGGACCCCAAGGUCUUCUCCAGUCCCUGGGGAUCCCGGCUUCACGCCAGCCUGGCACCGCCUGGGGAGCAGAUGAGCCCAUGCGGGGGCAGGUUUGGGGUAUUUUGGGGAAGGUUUCGCUUUCCUGCCAGAACAGGCCAGAGGUGCCCGCAGAGCUCUCCCCCGCGCAGGAAACGGUCUCCAAACGGCGUUUGGCAGAGUCGCAGCAUUCCCGUUCAUCUUAAUUUUAAAACCCAACAUCCUGACUGUCAAGCCAAGCUACUUAUUAUAGAAGAGGUGGAACUAAGCCAUCGUUUAAAAGCUUGUUUUUUCUCUUGCAAAUUAUUUUCUAUGGUUCUCCCAAUUUUAUAACUAGCAUCAUUUUUCAAUCCAGCUCAAAUUUACCGACGUGCCCUAUGGGCGCGAAGGGCCAGGAGCCCAGGCCGUGCCUGCUACUACCCCCUCCCUAAUCGCAGAGGACCUGCACUGACUUGUACCAUCCGAGCAUUUGACCUGGAGCAUGUUCAGCUCUAACAGAAAGGGAUUUAUUUCUUGGCAA